GCGAUUACAAUAGUUGUCACUGAACUUGUGCGAGGUUGAAUUGCAUAGCAUUUGAUUCGUUAUCGUUUUAUUUUAAAUUCCACAUGGUGUUUCUGGUGUGGCUUGUUUGGUUGAAAAUCGUUAUUGUGCAAUGCUAAGUGUAGUUAGGUCUCACAGAGUAGGAAAUGUAAUGAAGGUGACGGCGUGAUUGUAAUUUAGUUGUCCGGAUUUAGUGCUCCGUUAUCAAGGAAAGUAAUGUGGGCCUCGAGGACAAUGGCUACAUCUUAAAAAGUCAAGAAUUAAGUGAGGAAUAAAGAAAUUAGAUAGCGAGGAAAAAAUCUAUCAGUUUUGCUUUCAUUUCGAUAGCAAUGGAUAGUGGUAUAUAAAAUGCAUAGUUAAAAACAAACUAACAAUAUCAUGUUAUUUGCUUCCAAAAAUGAAAUGAACCACUUCUUAAUUUGUCAUAGACUAUUCAACACUGAACUGAAUUGAACACAUUGAAUUAAUGUUUUUAAUUUAAUUAAUAAUAACAUUGACACACAUCUACAUGUUAUCUCGCACUGGCAUCAGAGUUGGGGUUGAAUCGAAAAGAGAAUCGAAUAACUCUUAUUAUUUCAAAUUUGCAUGACUUUAAACUUUAAACACGAGUUAUUUAAUCUAUUCUUAAAGAUUAAAUGUGCUCUCUAGCGCCCCCACUCCAACUAUUCAACAUGUAGAAACGCCAAAACAUACCGUUAUUAUUAUUAUUAUUAUUAUUAUUAUUAUUAUUAUUAUUAUUAUUAUUAUUAUUAUUAUUAUUAUUAUGUUAAUUUUUACGUGUAAUAUUCCUUUUAUAUGAAAAUUAAUAUAUUUUCAGUUUGUCUGAUUUCUUUAAAUAGGUACUGCCUCCAAGUGUUUGAAUUUGGGGUAUUAAAAGGAGAUGUAUUCUGAGAUACUGAAAUCAUAUUGCACAUUAUAUUUGUAAAUUAAGCAUUUAAAUUAUUAUUUAAUGCAGCCUAGAUUUCAGUUUUCAUAUUGAGAGAUGAAUGAGAGUUCUGUUGGCACUCCGUCUGCUUUUGAAAUGUAAUAUUAAACGACUAUACAAUACAAUACAAAUUUGUAAUUAUAGAACAUUAGCAGAAUGAUAUAAACGGGAAAAAAGCUGUUGAAAGAGUAACAGAGUGAAUCUAGUGACUAUUCAGGCUCUGCAAUGGAAUUUCAAUUUCCGAAAACUAUUUUUAAUAUUGUUUUAAUUUAACAUGCUAACCAGAAUUCGAAAAUAAUGUAAAAUAAUUGUGGUUCCUGGUAAACGUUAAGACAGAGGUCACGACAAGCGUUGACUUUUCUGUCCUUUUGUUCAUCAGUAACUCGGCUUUGACCCGCACGAACAAGUCUCAGGGCAAGGUGAAUCGCAGGUCAAGCUGUCUAACACAUAUUAAAAUGCAAAACGCUUUAAAGAUAAAAGAUCUGUUAUACACAAAUCAAGAUCUACUGCUAUAGGUUAAUAGCAAUAUCAAAUUACAUUUCAUCGAUAAUGUUAUCAUAUUUUUAAUCAAUAUUACACACACGGUUUAUAUAUAAUUUAAAAAUAUACUCGCCUAUUUGAUCUUUUAACAGUAAAUUAUGUUUAAAAUCACCUUAACACCUAUUCAAUUAAAAUUAAAACGUAAAGUAAAGGGCCACUGGAGCUGGUUAUGGGGAGGUCAUGCAGAAUCCCUGAAAACAAAAACCUGUGUGAUGUGAGAUUUAAAAGAAUCUGGUUGACAUAGCUUAUUUAUUUAUUUAUUUAUUUAUUUAUUUAUAUAUACAUACAUACUUAACUUCGUCCACCCGGUGUCCGAGAAUAAGUGAGACCGCCUGAUUUACUUUAGUGGUACGGGCAAAUGUCAUGUGUGAAUAAACUUUAUAAUAUCGUUUUACUGCUGCAUUAAAGCAUAACUUUACCUAGAAACACGAUGACACAUAAAAAUCUCGAUUUUAUUGGUGAGUUUAGUAUUUACUGUCCGACUGUCCGAGAAGAUGGUGCAUGGUACAAUAUUUUCCGUCAGAAAAAGGGGGGCUGAUUAAAACCUGUAUGCACGCUAUUUCAUAUGUUUAUUAUUAGACAAAAAAGUAGGAAAUUGGUUAAAGAAUUAUUCAUAAAAGUUUAUGGAUAAAUUAUUCCAUAAAGGUGGGCUUUGUGUUUGAUAGUGAGCUCUCUGCCUCUAUGCUUUGGUCACAAGCAGAAUUUGAAUGUAUAUAUCCCGUCGUCUAUAUAUACCCUGUAGAACCGAAUUUGUGUGAAAAAAUCACGGUCACAGAUUCGAUUCUAGGGGAGUAUAUGGUCGAUGCAAAAACUUCGAAUAAACUCAAAUUUUAACUUUGCAUUUCAUAUAGGCCAUUACGCGUUUUACGUGUUGCUGUAUUAAGGCCCAACGGAUGGACUCGUCUAAGUUAUACUGACAGUUGAGGAGUAAGAGCGUUGUCUAUACAGCAUUAACUUAAGUAUUAUCCCUGGUGUAGUGCAUCUUGAUUUUUAAAAAACGCCUUUGUUCUUGAUGAAGUUGUUUUGUGAAAGUGCUUUUGAAAGAGUAACUGUAAUAGCACUUGGACCAUUCUCUCGGCUCACAUAAAGACACUCUAGACAUUAGCGUUAUUUUCAUUUCAAUUAGACUCAGCAACACAAUGCUACACUAGUAGAUAAGAUACACUAAGUCGUAAUAUAAGCUAAUGUACUUUAUUCUGUCUGUUUGGGGUCAUCCGUGCCAAGCUUUAGCUUCUCAUAUUUGCGUAACCAUAGCCUCUCCACCUUCCAGUUGUGCUAUUUGGUGUUUGAUUAUUGAUUGGCACGCUGCAUUGAUGGCCAUCCACAGCGCUGCUUGGAAGCCCCUGAAAGAGUGUGUGGGCCAAUGGGGCGAUGAGACUCCUGUAACUUCUGAAUGACCUCUUCAUCACAAAGACGAUCUCAGUCAAUUGUCUACCGGCUUUAUUCGUCUCUUUUUGUGGCAGAGGUCGCAUUGUAUCUUUUAUUUGUUUACCAGUUAGAAUCUCUGGAUGGAGUGUGAUUUGUAUGGUUGAAUAUUAAUCCUAGAUAGGAAAACAAAUAUCUAUAUUAAGGUGGGUAUUUAUCUUUUAUUUUAAAUUAUUUAUAAUUAUGGAUUUUCAGUAUGGUAAUAAUGCUCACUGACCUUUGUUUAUGAGAAAGGUGUAGGCUGUUCAUUUUCAAGUUAAUUUUCAACCUUUGGGUGCAUUAGACAUGCUACACCAUUAAAUUGUGUGUUCAAUCAAUCCUAACUGAUGAAAUUAUGCAAAGUUUGUUAAAUUUGCUGCUAGGUGUGUAUGGCUUCUUACCCGCUAAUAGACUCACUUCACCUCGAUUGGCCAAAUCCGGUCACAUGGGUGGCUAACUUUAUUCAGUUGACAGCAAGUAGGAGGGCUUUAUGGAGGGAGGAAAAAAGACAACUCGAGAAAAAUUAGUAUUUUCUACCUUCAGAAAUUAAUGGCCAUGAGUUCCUACAUGGUAAACUCCAAGUAUGUGGAUCCCAAAUUUCCUCCAUGCGAGGAGUAUUCGCAAAACAGUUAUAUACCUGAGCAGGGCUCUGGAUACUACAGUCCAUCGCAGGACAGUGAUUUUCAGCAUCCAGGGAUCUACUCACGGUCAAACUACUCGGAGCAACCCUUCAGUUGUAACACUGUGCAGGGCUCAACACUACAGCCGCGGGGUCAUGUGCAGGAGCAAGGCAGCCAUCCCGGAUCUUUCCCCACUCAUGGCGAGCAGUGCUCUCCGAUCCAAAUAUCCGGCCCGAGGACUUGUGAUCAACAACAAAACACAAAGAAUCAGAACGGGAUACAGACCAGGCAACCUGCAAUAGUUUAUCCCUGGAUGAAGAAAGUCCAUGUUAGUACGGUGAACCCAGAUUUCACAGGAGCGGAACCCAAGCGCUCGCGGACAGCCUACACGAGACAGCAGGUUUUAGAACUAGAAAAGGAAUUUCAUUUUAACAGGUAUCUAACCAGACGGCGUCGCAUCGAAAUAGCGCAUACUCUUUGCCUCUCUGAGCGACAGAUUAAAAUCUGGUUUCAGAACCGAAGAAUGAAAUGGAAAAAAGAUCACAAACUGCCCAACACGAAGGGAAGGUCGGCAUCGGCUGCAAAACACGUUCAGAAGGACAACCAGACAGAUAUCACAACUUUAUAAAAGAAAUGGAAACAACUGACCCCAGAAGUACAGCUGAACUGUGUAUGAUAGACAAUGCUUCGUUUGUCUUUGCAUGGUUUUAAAUCCUGACAUUCCGAUCUUUAAGCUAUUUAAUAUGAAGCAGAAGCACACAUCAUUACCAAACGCAGUAUGAAUGGAUGCGAUGAAAGGAGCCUCAAGACAAUUUUAAAUAUUGUAUGUGUGAAGUGGCAGACUAUAGGAGGGCAUCACAACUUGAUUCACGGGCUGCCAUGAGGUAUAUAUUAAUUUUAAAAGAUUGCAAUAUCUAUAUGAAAGCAAGUGAGCUUUAGAAAUCAUAUUCUUUUAUUAUUACCAUUAUAUUUUCCGUGUAAUCACUACUCUCCUAAAUGCAUUAUGGUCUGUAAUAAAUUCGAUAAAUUAUUUUGUAAAGAAAGCAGUGGCUUAUGACUUUAGCCAAUAAUUUAUUAAACUAUUUGAUCAAAGCUCAAUAAAUCUUGAAUAUCUGGCCUGGAAAAUAUUCGCAUUUUAAUUACAGACUUGGUUAACCAAAAUAUUCGUUUUCUGUAUUGAAAAAUCCUGAAAUAAUUUAGUUACGGGUAUGGCUAACCGAAUAAUUCGUUUUAUGUAUUGAAAAAAAUCUUUAAAUAACACGAAGGUCUUAAAAAAUUAACUACUAGUAAUAUAGGAUGAAGAGAAUAAACCGUUCUUCGAAAAUUACUCUAAAACAGGAAGCGCAACAUUUGAAAUCUAUUUUACUUUGUUGACCAUAGUAUUGGAUACCUUGACGGCUAUAAAUCUCACUUGACAGUUUUGUAAACAAUGUACAAUUAAAGCAGCUGUAUAUCUGUCUUCCAGAUGUCAUCAGAAAUUCCUAAAUAAUAGUUCAUUUAUUGUUUCACGUACUUCUGGGCUUUAGCUAAACUUUUUUUAAAUCUUCAUUUCUUUAUUUAUUAAAUGCCAGAAUAAGAAUGCUGAGAGUUUGUUUGUUUUUAAUUUCUAUGUGAAUUCAAGUGGUCGUUCCUUAAAUAUACUAUGUUCAGUUAGAAAAAGUGCAUUAUUUUUUAUUCUAUAUAUUUCUGUAUUUUGUGCAUAUUUUCUACAAGCAUAUUUUCUAGCAAAUGAAUAAUAGAGCUCAUUAAGAAAAGGUUUAUCCACAGACCACGAAUACCCUGUUGCAAUAAGAAACAAUGUGUAUAGCUCGCUGAAAGAAAAGCGGUCUGCUGUUUCGGUUUCAUUAAAUUUUUAUUUUGAGCAACAGAGAUGGGCUUAGCUCUGAAAAUGUGAGUGGAGGUAUUCACGUCGUGAUUAAAGAUUGACUGUUCUACUGUUA